AUGAUAUCUUUGGAGAAGUCCUCUAAGAAGGGCCAGAAUCCAAGUGUCGACAGUAAUCAAUACAUGAAUCUAUUCAUCGUGAAAGCACUUAUCUCGGUAAAUAAACAUACCAUUAAUGUAAAGGCUACCGUUCCCGGGGAUAUAUACUCGGACUUACGACAGGCUGGCACUAUAGGCCGAGACCUCCUUGUCGAGGAUCAUGAUUCAAAAUAUAGUUGGAUAUCAAAUGCUCCUUGGUUAUAUGAGCUAAAAUUUAAUGUUAGCGCAAACAUACUGAGCAAGCAAGUGGUGAAUUUGGUGGUCGAGGGCAUCGACACCGUCAGUAAUAUAACGGUAAAUGGCGUUCAGAUUCUACGGACUAUCAAUCAGUUCGUGCGGUACGUGUUUGACGCCAAACAUGCCCUCAAAAGCGGUCCAAACUCUAUACAAAUACACAUUGAAAACCCUCAACACUAUGUGGACGUCCAAAGGAAUUGGUAUAAUAAGACAUACAACUAUGGUAUAAAUCCCCCUAGAGGUUACAUACGUAAAAUGGGCGCAUCAUUUGGGUGGGACUGGGGUCCGUCAUUUAAAACACAAGGCAUUUGGAAACCCAUUGGUAUCGAGGCUUACGAUAAGGCAAUCAUUAGAGACAUUACGGUCGAGACGACACCCGAUGCACACAAUGGCAGCCAAUGGACACUGAAUAGCAAUAUAUUCAUUGAAUCCCAAAUUAAACACUCUUUUGAAGCCAACGUAACUAUUUCACUGGACGGAAAGGUACUCCAAAGUGGACAGUCGUAUAAUCUGACUACAGGCGCCGAUGGCACGGCUAGACUAGCUCUGAAACUACCGGUGAAUAACAUGUCUAUAACGCCGUGGUUUCCAAACGGUGUGACAAACGGUACGCAAAAGUUGUAUGAAUUGCGGGUAAAGAUUGGGUUCAAUGGGUCGACAGAAGUAUCUGAAAAAACAGUGAAAAUUGGUUUCCGAACCAUUCAAGUGAUACAAACUCCUGUAAAACCCAAAGGAUUGACAUUUUAUUUUCAAGUCAAUGGCGUCCCCUUUUUUGCCAAGGGCACUAAUUGGAUACCCGCUAAUAUUCUACAGGAGGACCUGACCAGAGAUUAUUUGAAACACAUGAUGGAGUCGGCCAGGGAUGCCAACAUGAAUAUGAUGCGAGUGUGGGGCGGAGGGGUGUAUGAGUCGGACUACCUCUACGAGUUGGCCGAUGAGUACGGGAUUAUGCUUUGGCAGGACUUCAUGUUCGCGUGCGGCAGUUACCCAUCGGAUCCGGACUUCUUGGCCACAGUGGACGUGGAGGUCACGCAACAGACACGCCGUUUGCAACACCACCCGUCCAUCGCUAUCUGGUCAGGUAGCAACGAGAACAUACCCGUAGCAACGUACCCCGAUUAUGCCAUACGUAAGAAAGACUACAUCGAGCUAUACAUCAAUCAUAUCCGACGUAUAGUACUCCAGGAGGACAGCAGUCGGUACUACGUGUCAUCCAGUCCUUCCAAUGGUGACGAAGACAAGUUGGAGGACUGGGUGCCCAAGAAUCCCGGUGACCAUAAUUACGGCGAUUACCAUAACUACCAAUAUAACUUGCCAUUGUGGGACUACAGGGUAUGGGGUAAUGGGAGGUUCGCCUCGGAAUAUGGAUACCUGUCGUACGCGUCGGCCGAGACUAUGCUAACGGCGCUUAAUGCCAGUGAACUGACGUAUCCAAUAGGGCCGGCACUUGAACGCCGAAAUCACCAUGGUAAUGGCACCAACUCUAUUGAUAACCAGAUACGUACAUAUUUCAACGCACCGUCCGCUGGAGGUAUAGAACGAUACGAGGAUUUGGUGUACUUAUCGCAAGUGGUUCAGGCGAUGGCCAUAAAAUCUGCGGCCGAAUACCAUCGCAGGGAUCGGGAGGUUAACCCCAGGGACGGAAACGGAAACACCAUGGGUUCGCUCAUAUGGCAACUGAACGACAUAUGGCAGGGCACCACCUGGUCGUCCAUAGAAUACGGCGGCAAAUGGAAACUAUUGCACUCUUAUACCCGGGAUUUUUUCGCCAAACAGUUGGUCACCCCAUAUGAGGACACAAACGAAACUUUAAUAAUGGCGUUAGUUCGGGACGAUUACGAUGGUAAGCAUGAGUUGGAUACGACUGUCCGGGUAUACAAGUGGUCGUCCACUACACCAAUCCAUCAAAUUGUAUUGAAGUCUGUGAGCGAAAAGGGAUUUUCAGUGCAAACCCUAUGGAAUCACUCCAUACCAGCGCUGCUCAAGGAGUCCGGCUGUACAGACAGAACCGAGUGUGUGGUCAGAGUCGACGUUCCCUUCUAUGGGAUAUCGAAUUUCCUGUUAUUAACUGAACCGAGAAACUCGCGAAUAGUUAAACCGAAUGUGAAGUUAGUUUCGGUGAAACUGAGACCCAAUGUCGAAGUCAAUGGUAAUCCGAAACACGUGUUCGACAUAACGCUGUCCACCGAAGCC